CACAGACUUAUGCCAGUUUACUUAUCUGCAGCUGUGAGUCUUACGCCUUAAUAUGUUUUAUCUUCAGAUUUAUAAUUACAUUUUAACCAAUUUUGAUCAUUCAACACAAUCCUUAUGCAUUAAAAAUUAAGGGAAGUAUGUUCUAAGAUUUUUUUUUUUUUUACUGCUGCGCUGUACAAUAAUACUUUUUUUAAAGGAACUUGAUGAAGAUUUUGAUCCUCUUACAAGCAGUUUUCAUUGUUCUAAUUCAUCAUCAUUUUAAUAUAACAUCACACAUCACUAGACGCUGUGUUCAGUGAAGGUAUACAUUUUAAUAUAUAAAUUCUCAUAUCAAUAUUUUCAUGCAUCAGAAUGUGGCAUUAGUGGUUAACAUAAAAUGUAAUGUUGCAUAUUGUCUCACCAGUUUGUGUUACACAGAGAAAAAGACAUCUAUGCUGCUGGUGAUGAAAUGGGCUACAUCCACAAAUGUCUUUCAACCAUACCAUCAGACCUUCCACUGGAAAGCCUGUUGGAAAGAGCAGGGGACCUUUACCUGCAGUAUCCACCUACCGAGAUCAGCAAUGAUCCCAUGCUGUUACGCAUGAACAAGUGAGAUUUACACGCUUUUGUGCCUAAUUUAUGGAGUAAAAAUUAUCUGAAGCUGAGGUUCACAUUUUCAUUUUUUGAAAACAAUCCUCGUCCCCAGUAUUUAGUUUGUGGAGAUCUACUUGCGAAUGAAAAUAUGGUACCCAACACAUUAAGCCGUCUUUUUAACUCAAAACGCUGUCAUUUAUGACAAAAACAGAAGAAUACUUCACUGAGCUUUCAAAAUCAAUUUUAAAAAGCAGCCUGCAUCAUUUAUCAACCGAAUGAACACAAAUAAGAGAGCUUAAGGGGCAAUUUUAACUGAUUGCUCAAAUAAGUGCUGAAACAAGGAUCCUCACACUAUUUCCAAAACAACCUUAAAAUACCUAUUUUAUCUUUAUUUCAUAACAUUAGGAAGGAUAUUUUCAAGUCUAUAAUAAGUCAUUUCAAUUAAAUUUUUUUAAAAAGGAAUGCUAUCUUUGCUUUAAAAGAAUGAAAAAUUGGGUAGAUUACUACUCACGGUAAACAAAAUUUAUAUAUUUUUAAAAAUCUCUACUGAACAUGAAAUGUCAGUUCUAAAGUAUAAUUUUAAAUAUAGAUCCAUUUUGUUUUUUUUUAAAAUGUAAUUCUUUUUAUUUAUGCAAGAUUUUUUUAAACUGUUCCAGUUCAGAUUGUGACAGUUAAAAAAUUUCUUCUUCAAAAGACUUUGUUUUCCCGCUCCUUAAAGUAAAUUAAAAUUCUUUUGAGCUUUUUCAAAUUUUUUCUUCACAGGCAAGUUUAUGAACACUUUAAUCGUAUUGACAGUCGCAAUGCAGCGCGCCGCUUGGCCCAAGAAGCCAAUGAAGUGCGCAGCCGACUGUUUGUUAGGGCCACCAUGUGGACUGUAACAUCAGUGGUGGUUGUUGCGGCAGCUGUUUUGUACCAUGCUUACCGAGGACAAGAAUGGGAUUUUGUGGAUAUGUGGAGUCCAUUCUCUUAGCACUAUGUCUGUUCUUGUCUGGAUUGACUGAUGAUUGUAUGUCAUAAAGAAAAAAUAAAUGUCUUCUUACUGAAUGCCUGCGAGUGAGUUUAUUAUGCCUUUUAAAACAUGGAAAGAUUUAUUUGUAAACACAGAUGGUCUACCUUGUGUAGAUUUUAAUGCACAAUUUAGAAAAUGGUGG